UAAAUAAUGUUUCUAUCGCCAAAAGCUCCGGUCCUUUCAAACAUUUGAAAUCUUCGCAUCCGCUUUGCUUCUGAAUGCGCUACUAUGUGUUAUAACGCGUUUGUUUAAUUAUGCAUCUUCCCAGCUCCGACUUCAGUAGACCUGAUAUUUCUAUCCGUGCUUCUUCAUCUCUUGAUUGGCAGCUAGCCUUGGACAAGGGAAUCGUCCAGGAAACAGUGCGUCGACAUCUACAUUCAUCUAAGGUCACUAUUCAACAGAUUGAGAAGCUUAAAGACUCCCGCUACUCCCGCUUUUUAUUGAGAAUAUCAGAUGGGUCCGCCGUUGUGCUCAGGCUGGGACCAACACCAAGUGGGAAGCUUCUGCGGCAUGAACGCGGCGCUUUAGAGGCAGAGGGCAAGGUUCUGGAUUUGCUUUGUGGGGAAUUAUAUGGAGAGCUGCCAGUAGCACAGUGCCUAAAUAAAGAACCUGGAAAGGCAUUGACCUUCUCUCCUUUCAUCUUGACGACCUAUAUCCCUGGAUUAUCAUUCCGCGAUAGAGAGCCGUUCCUGACCGCACGAGAAAAAGAGGAUAUCUAUUUUGAACUAGGGGAUAUCGUGAGGAGGAUUAGCCAACACAAAUCCCCCUAUUUUGGCCCAGCAGCGCCGAUACUCUCUGGGUCGGGCAGCAGAUCUUGGCGCGAAGCCUUUGCCUCCAUGAUGGAGGCUAUCCUUCGUGAUGCUGAAGAUAUGCUCGUUCUGCUGCCAUAUGAGCAAAUCAGGGAGCUGACAGGUCGGUUCAUGCCUCUGCUUGAAGACAUAACAGAGUCUCGACUCUUGCUUAUCUCCGUUUGCGACCCAUCGAACAUCAUACUUGAUUCGCAGACAAACAAGAUAAACAACUUGGCCGACUUUUCAACCUGUCUUUGGGGUGAUGUUUUCAUGUCCGACGUGUUUGGCCUUGGAAAUGCCGCUUUUUGGAGAGGAUUUGGUGUCUGCCAACCAACAACGCCACCACAUAAUUGUCGGCGUUUGCUUUACGCGUGUUACAGGUCGCUCGUAUCGAUCGUGGAGAAUUACUACAGACCUUGCGAAGGACACUCCGAGCUUGAGCAACGAAAAGUUCUAACGACAGUGCUUAGUGAGCUGGCCGCGGAACUCUGACGGUAUCGCGAUAAGAGGACAAUACUUGUCGAGAAAGCACCGGUCGUAUCAUCUGUUUUGAACCCGUACUUUAUACUGUUUUCCUUAGAGGGAGAAAAGACCGUCUUAGAUUUGGCAUAAAGGAAUCGCAAGA